UCCAUCGCGUGCUGCUCCUGUAGUAUCACAGCUUAUUAUCCUACCAUAUACGUCCGCCAAAACAUAUAGUUCGCAGUGGUAAUUCUUCUACUUUACACUGACUGCACGGUGUCUCUCGCAGGACGCAUCUUAAAUCCUUAUUUCGCGCUUUCUGCCUGCUAUAUGUGUUUCUCACUUCUUCGAACGAGGCGGCACAACUGUAUUCUCCUCUGGGCAUUUUGAAACUGGACACCGCUGGCGCUGAGGCCCCCUCUUUUCCAUGCGGAGGAAUACGUUGUUGCUGCUGACAAUGUGGAUGGAGGAGCUUUAAGAUGUCUACUAGAAGAAUGAAUCCAUCUCAGUUGUAGCAACAAAAAAAGGGAAGUCGUGUGGCAGGCAGAGAGCGGUUGUUUGGAUAUUGACCGGCUACUUUGUAUACUUUGUAUUUACAACGCGGAUUGCUUUACAGAAGGAUGAAGUGCAAAUAGGAGACGUUUUAUGGUGAUCCAACGCUUUUCAUGCGCCGAGGUUCAAAUCGUGCCCAAGUUUUGUUUUUGUUUUUUUUCCCUCCUAUGAGACUCAGCCUUUCUUUAUAACCGCUGGAUGUGAAGCAUCUCAUCAAGAGAGGGCUCUUUAAAGACAGCGGGGCAUGAACGAUCAGCAGGGCCACAGAAUGGCGGUCGAAACAGAUAAGGAACUCAGCGACCUCUUGGAUUUUAGUGCGAUGUUUGCGCCCCCUGUGGCCAACGGGAAGACUCGACCAACCACGCUUGCCAGCAGUCAGUUUGGUGGCUCGGGAUUGGAUGAGCGCAGCGGUUCCAGUCCCUGGGCUGCUGGGGAGCAGGGCAGCCCUUCAUUCAAUCAUGGACGGAGUUACAGCGAGGGGUCACACUACAGUGAGCAUGAUGGGCUUUCUUCACCAUUCCUCAGCUCUGGGAUUGGCGGAAAGAAUGAAAGGGGACCUUAUCCUUCAUUUGGUGCCCAGCAAGGGUUCCUGCCUUCAGACAUUGUGAUGGCCAAUGCUGAUGCCAUGUCUCCCUCAGGCCUGAAGUCUGGUUCUCAGUUUUACCCAACCUUCUCCAACAACCCCCGGAGACGCCCACCAGAUGGAAACAUUGACACCCAACCAAAAAAGAUUAGGAAGCCACCAGGACUGCCAUCUUCUGUGUAUGCCUCCACGUCCGGUGAUGAGUAUCCUCGGGACACCGCUGGAUAUCCAGGCUCCAAACCCGGUCCUGUGUACCCCGGCUCCUUCUACAUGCAAGAGGGUCUGCAGCCUUCCUCUGACCCCUGGGCGUCUUCUGGGCCUCUGGGCCAGUCAGGCUAUUCGGCCAUGCUGGGCAACUCGCCCCACAUCAGCCAGCCAGGCUCCUUCACUGCCAUCAAUCCACAGGACAGGAUGAAGCGCCAGCCGCUCCCUCUCUCCCCACAAAACUACCCUCUCCACGGCGCUGACGUCAAUGGCUUCCAUUCAGGCUCGGGAACAUACAACCACACAUCGUCCGUUAAUGGUGCAGACAGCAUUAUGGUCAGUAGAAGUUCAGCCACAGGCAGCUCAGGUGAUGAGAUUGGAAAAGCCCUAGCCUCGAUCUACCCUUCAGACCACAACAGUAACAAUUUCCCCUCCACACCCUCCACGCCAGUUGGCUCGCCCCAGGGCAUUGCAGGUGCUUCUCAGUGGCCAAGAUCUGCUAGCCAAACCGCCCUCUCACCUAGCUAUGAAGGUGGACUACAUGCACUUAAUAAAAUGGAGGACCAUCUAGAGGAGGCCAUCCAUGUGCUGCGCAGUCAUGCAGUGGGGCAGGGCCCAGGCUCAAGUCUUGGUGGAGCCCACUCAGACGUUCACAGUCUGCUGAGUGCUGUGUCCGCGUCUAUUCAUAAUGGAGCCCUGGGAAGCCUUGGCCAGGGCUUCCCGGGUGCUGGGCUGGCUCUGGGCAGCAGACAUCCUGCCAUGGGUGGAAGUCACCAUGAUGACCCUGCGUGCCUCCCUCCCAGCAGCAGCAGCCUAUUACCAACGUCCCACGCCUCGGGCACCCCACAGCCUGCAGGAGCACCAGAGGGCUUCACUAGUUUGCCAGGAGGCGUAGCCACGCACUCCUCAAACAGCAGCGAUAUUAAGAGGGAAGACAAAGAAGAUGAUGAGAACUCAUCCAUUGCAGAUAAGUCUGAAGAGGAAAAGAAGGACCCCAAAGUGUCUCGCAACAGAACAAGAAAGGAGGCGUUUUCCCUCCAGAUCCAUUCAAGUGUUUCAGACCAGGGAGAAGAUAAAGAUGAUGAUGAGGAUGAUGAAGAUUUGCCUGCCGAGGUGAAGCUGGAACGGGAAAAAGAGCGGCGUGUGGCCAACAACGCACGAGAAAGAUUGCGUGUGCGAGACAUCAACGAGGCUUUUAAAGAGCUGGGCCGCAUGUGUCAACUGCACCUGAGCACGGACAAACCGCAGACCAAACUGCUCAUCCUUCACCAGGCCGUCAACGUCAUCCUCAAUCUGGAGCAGCAAGUGCGGGAGCGUAAUCUGAACCCGAAGGCAGCAUGUCUGAAACGGCGGGAGGAAGAAAAAGUGUCUGGUGUGGUGGGUGACUCUCCAAUGCAGUUGCCUGGACCUCAUCCUGCUCUGGGAGGAGAUGGACACAGUUCUGUUGGGCAUAUAUGAUGAUCUUUGGCUGGAAGAAGUGGCCUUUUUAUCUCUUCCUUCAUCCUCUUCAAAGUAUGUGUGUGUGUGUGUGUGUGUGUGUGUGUGUGUGUGUGUGUGUGUGUUUUCACACAUGUUGACUUGGAAAGUGUAUCAUCCAUGAAAUGUAAGAGGUGCAUCUUCACACGUCCAGAAACACAAGUGUACUGCCAAACUGACAACCCAUUUUGCUGCACUCCUGAUUGUGAUUACCAGCGUAAAUGUGAAGAACUGUGUAUUUUAUUUUCCUCUUAUUUUUUUUUUAAUUAUAUAUAUUUUUUUCUGCUUCCAUAUACUGAUGGAACACAGGGAUAGAUAUGUUAUGUCUACCAUGGACAGUUUACCCCAUAGCUGAGUAUGAGGGGAGGGGGGGAGGGACUUAAAAAUGUCAAGAUUUAAUCAAGGAUUUGUGCCUAAAUAAUUGUUACAUUUUUAUAAGAGACACUGAAGCAAAUCGCUUACUUGUGUGGAACAAAUCUGUUUGGGAGUUGCUUGUAAAUGAGCAAUGUUUUUAUGUAGCUUGGCAUUCCCUGCUUAAAGGUACAGUCUUACAUGUGUUGUGUAACCAAACCCAUGUGAAGUGGGGGAGAACCUGUGGUGCUUUUUGGGGACUGCAUAUCCCACCAUGCCCUAGGUCUGUAUUUAAAGGGUGGAAAGCUCACAGACCAGCUAAAGUCAUCCGCCUUUUCUUGUGAAGCUAAUGGUUUCAAUCAAAGCUGAGAUUUUUCUUUUUUUUCUUCUUCUUUUUUCCCAAAUGACACUUCAGAUUUUUUUUUUUUUAACGGCAGAUUGUGAUUGGUCGUGGUUCUGCCAACCAGAGCAAACACAAAGCUCACGAGAGCACUCAAAGGUGCCUGUGUUAACUUAAGACCCUAGUUGGAAGUAUUUGGUACAUUUCUAAAGUAAAUUCACCAGCCUCAGCAUUCCUGCUUGUUUCUAGUUAUCUCAUCUCCUGUGUAAGCCCAGACUGAAGCCCUGAUGCCCAGCAGUGUGAGAGUUAUGACAUUUAUUUCAGGGCUAUCCUGUUGUCAGCAAACCAAGUCUGCUGUUCUAGCUAAGGAUACUCUGAUUCCCAGACAGUUAAUACUCCAGCACAUCUCUCGUCGUUCUCUUGUCCUUCAUAAAACACCAGUUCAGAGCAUUUUCUGAAAAGAGGCGUACAUGCUCUCAUUGACUGUUGUUGCCAAAACUCUGAAACCUCAUUAUGUCCACCUCACACACACACAUAAAGGAUAUUAUUUCAACUUGAGCAAAAUGUAAGAACACACAUAUAUAUAUAAAUAAAAAUAUAUAUAUUUUGUUAGUAUAUACAUUGUAGAUUUAUAAAUAAAUAAAUAAAUAAAAAAAAUCACUAUUCAUUUGAAGUGUAGACAUCUAUAUUGUUCAAGUGAGAGAGCAGGGCAGGGUAUGGUAAAAUGACUGAACAAGCAUGUUUCAGAAUGGAUUAUUUGCAUAUUAUCCAUUUUCUUGUCCAUUCUGUUCACCUGUGCUCCACUGACCACAUACAGUGUCUGUAUGUGUAACAUUUACUCUCCACGUUGCUGUGUUUAGGCUUCAUUGAGCUCUGUCUCAAAAACAGGCAAAGGAUUGAACCGAUUCUAAUGUUUGAGUUCGUGUAAGCCUGUUGUCAAAAUAUUGUUACUGAUUGAUGAAUCUUCCCUUUGAUUAGGGAAGACCGGAAACAGUUAUGCCACUGUCUGUAAUUACAAUUCCCUUCAUACUGAACUUUUGUUUUUAUGGAAUGAAAUCUAGCCGUUCUAAAGCAACCAUUGCCCAGCUCUCAUCUCAGAUUUGAACACAUUAUGCAACUGGUUUUGAAUGUACACUCAAAUAUAGAUUAUACUCCUUAUUUGCUGUACGUCAGAAUCCUGCCAGUUCAGUUAUAUUAUUAUUUCAUUUGUCAGUAUAUAAUCUAUCAAUUUCUGAUUAAAAACAGAAUUUUUUUUA